AUGAACAUAAACGAUUUCUCUAGGUACCUCAUGGAGAACAACAGUACUGCAAACAGCACUCAUGUGCGUGACCUGUAUUGCACUGAGCUGUUUGUGGGUCCGUUGGUUUGGGCCGUCUUCACCGCGCCGUGUGCAUGUGUCGGGGUGCCUGCCAGCGUGUGGCUUCUGUGGGUGCUCAUCCAGAGGCAGCGCAGCGGCCUGUCCAACGACGUCUACAUGCUGAAUCUCACCAUCAUGGACCUGAUCUUCAACGCUUACAUCAUUCUGGAUAUUCUCAAUUUCUUUGUUUGGAAAGUUGAUGUGUUAUUGCACGUUGCUUUUGUUGUUCAGUAUUUCAGCGUCUGUGGACGGCUUCUGUUUAUGGCUUCUGUUUGUGUGGAUUGCUAUAUGGCUGUCGUUCACCCAGUUAUGUACAUGACACUCAAGCACUCUAGAUUUAGGAUGGUUACUUGUGCUGUGAUCUGGGCCUUCACACUGGGCUGGGGAAUGCAAUUCGUCCUUUGUGACAACUAUGUCCCUGUAAUUCUCUCGCCAAUCCCAUCGUGUAUUGCUAUCCUGUUGAUUGCCCUGUGCGACAUCACCAUCUUCUGUUUCCUGAGAAAGCCAGAUCCUUCUGGAAGGAGCGACAUCCACCCCCUGAAAAAGAGAGUCCUGCAGGUCCUCAUCGACAGCCUGGUGAUGACUGUAGUGUCCUUCUUCGUUCCCAUGGUCCUAGAGUUUGCCCUGUCGUUGUCUCUGAGUCCGGAGGAGAUAAAGUGCUCUUUAUCCUACCCUGUGAUGAUCUUCUCCACACUUGGGAGUACCAUCCUGCCCUUGCUCCACCUGGGAAAUCUGGGAAACCUAAAGAGUCUGAGUGGGUGUGGCUGUGGCACAAAUAAUACAUAG